GGAAGGCUUAUCAGCCCCGCCCACGAACACUUUAUUUUUGUAUCUAUUAUUAGUUACGUCAUAUCCUUAACGUUUCACUUAGUUACAACACGUCUCAAUUCCACUUAGCGUUAGUAUUAGUGUAUGAAGUCGACGAGAACACAUCUAUUCGUGAUCAAAGAGUUUAGAGUAGUUUUUUAGUUAUCUUUGUUGGAGCAAUAACCUAUAUCUUAACCUCGGCAAGCGGGACUGUUAUUUUACGACAAGUUCUUGGAUUGUAAUAAACUUCAAUUCGUCGUCAAGUGCUGUCCGUAAAAUUAUUCCCGAAAUCUCCUCAAUUACUCGUAAGCCCGUUCACGCGCGAUAAAGUCGUCGUAUUAUUCGUCCGUGUCGGCAUUUACAGUAAAAUAACAYCGUCAAAUAUUGCUGAGAUUACAGAAUCGAAAAGAGGUUAGUUAUCUCCAAAAUGAGCGACAGUGAGUCACAAAAAGAAACUGUUUCGAAACUCAUUGAUCUUGGUGAUGUUGAGAUUUCACUUGUAGAGAAGGAAUCGACUUCAGAAUCUCGGAAUUCGGAUGGGCGUACAACCUGUAAAACCGCACCUUCACCACCAAAACCACGUGACAGGAAAUUGACUGAGAAAGGAAAAGUAUACCUURUCGAUACUCUCAACCAAAAACGACAAAAUGCCGCCCGCAAUCUAUCAAAAGAGAUCAAGGCCACCUAUCACUCAAUUAGCGACGUGACUGUUGACCUUAGAGCACUCGAGGCGCAGAGAGACAGGCUAGAUCUACUGAAGGAAGAGCUAGAUCAAGCUCAUUUYUGUCUUCAUUCCAAAAUUGMAGAAGAUGAACAAAAACRAGCCGCUUACUCGUGGUUCGAUGUUCGCGACCUAGAAUAUAAUCAAUGUCGCAUUAAAUUAGCAGAGAAAAUAAGAUCUCUAGAAGAGAGACACAUAUUAGACAAUCGAUCUAGUUAUAGUCGAUCCUCAAAACGAAGUGACAACACGUCUAGAUCGUCAGGCUCAGCACGCUGUUUGUUAAUGCAGGCCGCGGCAAAGGAAGCUAGAAUUAAGGCCGAAAUCGAAAACUUGGAAAGGGAAAAGCAAGCAAGGGCUUUGGAGCUAGAAAGAGAAAUUUCAAUCGUUAAAGCCGAGAAUUUGGCAAUGAAAAUGGUAAUCGAUGAKCAAAACGCUCUUUGUGAUGACGUCACGCAAUUCGKGAAAGACGGCUUUCAACUUCCGGAAGAGAAAACGGAACGAGAUUAUGAACACCGCACAAAUAACAGGCAAGCACACAAGCCAAUCCCUACUCCACGGAUCAAAAGGGAAAUACCUGAUCCCACGGAACAAGAAAGGAAUUAUAAUAGCAUCGGCAGCGAAACAUUAAAACAAAUAGUUUCAUUGCAGACAAAACAAACGGAACUGAGCGCUUUGUUAAUAAACCAGCAAACAAUAAGUCACCUACCGACAAAGGAGCCUCCAACUUUCGACGGCAAUCCUUUCGAUUAUCCAGGCUUUGUCACGGCAUUUGACACAAUUAUUUCCACUAAAGUUACAUCUGACAUGGACCGACUUUACUACCUGGAGAAGUACACUAAAGGCAAGGCCAAUGACGUAAUAAAAGGGUUCCUUUCGCUAACAAGUGAGAACUCAUAUAAAGAAGCACGCAAGCUUUUAGAUGAACGUUUCGGUAAUCCGAUCCACGUYGCUGAAGCCUAUAWAUCACGCAUGCGCAACUGGCCAAACAUCCCAGACGGCAACAGCAACGCACUCCAGGAAUUCGCAGACUUCCUUACUCGCUGUACAGAAGCAGUGCGCAUAGUAGGAUCUCUUGCCGAGCUAGAUAGUACGCAAACUCUUAUAAGAUUAAGUGCAAAGCUUCCGUCGUACUGUGGUACUAAAUGGUGUCGUCACGCAUAUGACAUUCAGUCAAAAUUACAAWGAGUAUCAUUCACUGACUUUGUACGAUAUGUUAAGGCAGAAGCUGAAUUGGCGAACGAUCCGAUCUUUUCACCCGACGCCUUAAGACGAGAACGAAAAAGGAAUGCAGAUAGAGAAUCUAGGCCCAAGCAAAGAAGGGAACUACCCUCUCGCCCUCUCUCAAGCAGUUUCGCAACAACCACAUCAUCAAGUCAACAAAGGAGUACAUCCUCAUGCCCAGCGUGCGACAAAGGCCACUCCCUGGAAAGAUGCGAGUCGUUCAAAGGUAUGUCCGAAGUUGAAAAAAGGAACGUCAUCAUAUCGAAGGCACUUUGCUUUGGAUGUCUAAAGCCUGGACAUUUGUCGUCUUCUUGCAAGAACAGACUGCAAUGUGACGAGUGCGGAARGCCACACCCGACCCCACUACAUGGUGUCAAGCCAAAACCAAAGCCUAGACCCAGACGCAAGGUGAACAACAUCGCGGCAACGACCACUGAAAAUGAUUCAUCCGAACCAGCUGGAGAAGAGGCGAACACAAACGCAAACGUCUGUGAUCCUACGCCAGUUAGUGAAGGAACGACAACCUCCCUCAUCGUGCCUAUUGUGCUUAGUCAUAGUAGUAAUCCAGGAGUUGAAGUUAAGGUCUAYGCUCUCCUCGACGAUGGUAGUGAUUCCACAUUUGUAAAGACAUCUAUCUUGAAGCAGUUAGAAGUCGACGGUCCUGAGAUUACUCUACGACUGAAUACAAUGCACGGUAAGCAAGACAUACCAGUCAAGAAAAUCGAAGGUCUGAUAGCAAAACCCUUUGACAACAAUGGAAGUGCAAUAGAGUUGCCCAAGGCAUAUACGAGAGAGUCCAUACCAUCGUCCACCAACCAAAUAGCUACCCCAGAGUCAGCGGACAAUUGGCCGCACYUAAAGGCAAUAAAACAUCAUCUUCUCCCCCUACAAAGAAACAUGGAAGUAGGAGUAUUGAUCGGAUGUAAUUGUCCUAAGGCUCUGAAACCACGAGAUGUCAUUUUAGGAGGGGAGGAUGAUCCUUACGCAAUCAAGACUCUGUUGGGAUGGGGAGUACUAGGACCAGCAACCCCGGAGCUUCAACAUACCUUGAAGGACGAUACAUUCACCUGUCAUCACGUCGUCACUACAGCUAAUGCAUCCUCACGUCGAAGCGUCAAAUUUGCUACGAAACCGCAAACUAAAGAAAUACUCAACGCAUGUGACAUUAGAGCAAUGUUUGAACUCGACUUUUGCGAGAGAGA